GAGCCGACGUCAUCAAGGCGAGGACAGCCGCCCAACAGAAGCGCUUGUGCGCGUGUGCGCGCAGCUCCGAAUGCGUCUUCCACGCACAUCCAUGCGCGGUUUCAAUUUACAGUCGAAGAAAAAAUGGUGGCCAGCGCGAGAGUCCAGAAGCUCCUCCGACGGUACAAACUUGCCAUUGCCGCCGCAUUAACUAUCCUCCUCAUUCAAGGUCUCGUCGUGUGGAGCCUGAAAAGUCUGGAAGAGGGCGAGACGGAGAAAAAAACAAGACGGUCUAAACUGCCUGACAACAAUAGCCAGGACCACAAGAGGGAUGCCACAAUUUUAGAGAGACACAACACGGUGUAUGGGAGUAACAGGGGCAGAUGGAGCGGGAGGUUGGAAAGGACAGGGGGAACAGCCACCAGUGCAUUAAGACAAGGGACCAGCCGAAGACAAGGAAAGAGUCGCAUCAAGCUGAAGAAUCCUCUUGAGCAGGGGCAAACGGGCACUGGAUUGGACGGUAUAGCACCCCAUGACCCGUCCAGUAAUUUAAGUGACAUGCGAGGUGGUGCUGAUGGGCCAAUGGCGGGCAGGAUACCUGCUGCUGCCCUACCAGGGGAGCCAGGCAGCGUGGACGGGGCACACCAAGCUCCCAGCAGUGAUUUUGAGCCCAAAUGUGACAUCAUAGGGAAGGAUGCGUGGUCUGCCCUGCAUCGUGCCGGUUCACAGCAAUGUCGCCAGGAGAUCGCCAACAUUGUGUGCAUGCAUCAGGCCGGGCAGCUCAUGCCAGCUGCCCUUCCACAGUUCUGCCCCCAGCUUGGUUUAUCAAGUCCAGUUCAGGCAGUUGGUGAGCUGGAGAACAGCUUGGCCAAGGUAGAAAACCCCGUCCGGGUGGUUUUUGUCUUAAUGGUCCACGGCCGCUCUGUACGGCAGCUCAAGCGUCUCAUUAAAGCAAUAUAUCACUCUGAUCACUACUACUACAUCCAUGUAGACAAGCGCUCCGGCUACAUGCAUCGGGAGGUCCUGCAAAUAGCCCAGCAGUACCCAAAUGUACGUCCGACGCCCUGGAGAAUGGUGACCAUUUGGGGUGGUGCCAGCCUGCUGAAGGCAUACCUCCGUAGCAUGCAUGACCUCCUCUCCAUGUUGGACUGGAAGUGGGAUUUUUUCAUUAAUCUCAGUGGCACAGACUUCCCCACAAGAACCAAUGAUGAACUGGUGGCCUUCCUAUCACAGCACAGAGACAAGAACUUCCUCAAAUCCCACGGCAGAGAGAAUGCCCGGUUUAUCAAGAAGCAGGGCCUUGAUCGUCUGUUCCACGAGUGUGACAAUCACAUGUGGCGGCUGGGAGAGCGCAACAUUCCAGAUGGCCUGGAGCUCUCAGGUGGCUCGGAUUGGUUUGCACUCACCCACCGCUUUGUGGAGUAUGUCAUCAAAUCCCAGGAUGACCUGGUGUCGGGACUAAAGCGGUUCUAUUCAUAUACGCUGCUUCCUGCUGAGUCUUUCUUCCACACUGUGCUUGGAAACAGUCACAUGUGUGACAGCCUGGUGGACAACAACCUUCGUGUGACCAACUGGAAUCGUAAACUGGGCUGUAAAUGCCAGUACAAGCACAUUGUGGAUUGGUGUGGCUGCUCACCCAAUGACUUCAAACCCCAAGACCUCAUUCGCAUUCAGCAAUUGUCCCGGCCCACGUUCUUCGCACGCAAGUUUGAGUCGUCCGUGAACCAGGAAGCCAUUGACAUCUUGGACACCCACCUGUACGGCCAGUAUGCACCAGGAACUGUUGCCAUUAAGGCGUACUGGGAGAACCAGUUUGAGCAGAUGGAUGGCGUGGGCUCACUCAGUGAUGUGGCACUGACUGCUCACACGUCUUUGUUUCGCCUGGGCUUGAAAAGUCUUGCGACAUCUCAGGGCAGAAACAAGGCCUGCAGGUUUGAACCUAUAGGCUACCCUUCGUCAGUGCACUUGUACUUCUAUGACGACCGCUUUCAAGGCUACUUGAUACGUCAGGAAGUUCAAGCUGUGGGAUCAAAGGUCAAAGAAUCAAUAGAAAUGUGGGGUGUCCCCCAGGCUACAAUGGUGCUUGAGAAGAAUCUCAAGGAGUUUGAAAGGCUUAAACACCUGGAGAUCGGCACAGAGUGGGAUCCAAAAGAGAGAAUAUUUCGUAACUUCGGUGGCAUCGUCGGUCCUUUGGAUGAACCGCUGGCAAUUCAGAAGUGGGCUCGCGGCCCCAACCUCACAGCCACCAUCGUGUGGAUUGACCCUGCCCAGGUGGUGGCAACAUCUUACGACAUCACCGUUGAUGUGGAUGCAGAAUACACCCAGUACAAGCCGCCACUGCAGCGCCCCCUUCGGCCUGGCAUUUGGACUGUUCGUGUAUUGAAACAGUGGGAGCGCGUGGCAGAAAUUCAUUUUCUCGUCAUGCCUUUGACCUUUAAAGAUAAGCAGCCACUGCGCAAAGAUGAGGACAGUUGGCUGCAUGCUGGUCCGUCAGGAAAUUUGUACCUGGACCAGAACUUCCAGCAACUGAACUCCAUCCUGAAGCUGCCGCCCCAGGAGCCCGCCAUGCUGGAGGCGCAACGAAAUGCCCUCUUGGUGGGCCCUCCCCUCGAAGCUUGGGUUGACCGCAGCGUGGCAAACUUCUGGGUUGUUGGAGACCUAUGCACCACACAGAAUUCAUCCUGCACAGCUUUGGUGUCGUGCAGCAAAACAACUUGGAGCUCCCUGUCUCCGGACCCCAAGUCUGAACUGGGUCCUGUUAAAAGUGAUGGGAGAAUCAGGUAGCACCAGUGGGGGGGUCAGACAGUGCCGCUCAACACAGAGACAUCAAGGAAGAGCAGGCCUGUGCUAGAGUCUCUAAGCAGUGAUGAGGGCUCCAGGAGACCCUGUGUGGGUGGGAGCUUUGGCUCGAAGCUGAAGGUCAUAAAAACAACAUGACAACUUGCACUGAAGAGUCACAACAUUCUCAGUAGAAACCAUGCUGGAGAUUUUGCACAUUGACGACUGCAAGCUAAGAGACUUUCUUGGUUUUCAGGAUGACAUUCAUGCCAGAUGUGUUCUUGUUUUGUUUUUUGUUGUUGUUG